AAAAUAUCUACACCACCCCCCGCCCCGGGGCUCUCUCUCUCUCUCUGAAUCUCUGGAAGUUUCCAUCUCCAUAUACCACAACUCCCCACAAGAUAUUUUUCUCACGCCGCUGCUUUUUCUCUCUCUCUGAUAUUUUCGUCUCUCUCCUCCUCUUUCUUUAUCUAUGGUUGAUUUGUAGCCGAUUUGCUUCGUUCGCGCAACUCUACUUGCUACAGACAGUCGAGGGGAGUCCAAUCGACCGGAGCAUGGAUCGGGAAGGAGGAUCCGCCGGAUCUUCCUACUACGCCGUCCUUGGGAUUCGCCGCGACGCCUCCUUCUCCGACGUCCGUACAGCUUACCGCAAGCUCGCCCUGAAGUGGCAUCCGGACCGGUGGAUGAGGAAUCCGGCGGUGGCCGGCGAGGCAAAACGGCGGUUUCAGCAGAUUCAGGAGGCGUACUCAGUGUUGUCAGACGAAAGCAAGAGGUCAAUGUACGAUGCCGGACUUUACGAUCCGUCGGAGGAAGACGAAGGGUUCAACGAUUUCAUUGAGGAAAUGAUUUCGAUGAUGAACAAGAACGCGAGGAAGGAGGCGGACACAUUGGAAGACCUGCAGAAGCUGUUCGUGGAGAUGGUCGGCGGCGACGCAUUGGCGUUCAAUUUCGACUCCGACGACGAUCAGACGGCAGCUAAGAGGGCACGUGUGACAGCCUCAAAGGGCAACGCUGCGAGACGCAACACCUCCCGCUGAUUGGGCUGAACCUAGUCAAAAGUCAACCUAUUGUACGCUUCUGUUAUUAAUUUAUUAAUUUAUCUGGGGGGUAGUUUAGGUAAUUGCGUCUUCCUUGCUGGUUCCAAAAUAGAAAUCCUUGAUGAUGAUGAUAAUUAUUGGAAUAAAAUUUAUCAUUUUUCAAUUUAA